AUGAACCAGAGAUGGUCUUCUCUCGGCAAGCCCAUGAACCUCCAUAGACAAAAAUCGAUUGUUCCUCUUUCUCAUCGAUAUAGAUUCCAUAUCAUAAAUCCUCAUGUCUUCCUGAAAAUAGAAGUCAGAGACUUGGAGAUUUUGGCUUCGCUGCAGGACGUUGUUGUUCCUAAUCGAACCUUACAGAGGCUCAUCCAGAUCUGGUCAGACUCCCUCCACCAUCCACUCCACUCCACUCACUCCCCCACAUCCACCCAUUCCCAAUCCCUCCCCUUCAAGGACCAAAUCCUUCUCGCUAUCUCCGACUUGCAGACUCGCGCCAACAACCGCUUCGACUCGCUUGCCAAAAUCGCUCGCUUCGCUCAAGAUUCCAAAAAGAACCGCGAUUUUCUCCUCAAAACGGAAUGCUUCGUGCCUCUGCUCGUUGGCUUCCUCCACAAUGUCAAUGGUGUCGUCGAGUUCCUCGAACAGGUCGUUAUGGCGUUGGAUUUGGUUAUCGGAAAAAUGGAAGACUGUGAGGAGUUGAAAAACUUGAUACUGAAGGCGCAGGGCGAGGCAGAAAAACAGAGCCUGGAUUCUCUGCUCGUCGCUCUCCGACAAGGGAACCAUGCUGCACAAACAGAUCUAAUCGAGAACUGUUUGUUGUGCCUGGUGGCUAUUUCGUUUCCGAGAAGGAGCAAGAUGAAGCUGGUGUGUCUGGGAGUGGUUAAGGUGUUGUCGAAGCUUCUCUGCGCUUCGAACAUAACAUGUAUGCAGAUUUGCUCAAGAUACAACACAAAAAUGGAGCAGAGUGUUGUUGUUGGUGAUGGUCAUGGUAACUUUGGAGGAUUUUAA